AUGCCCGGCACGCGGAACGUCGCGCCGGGGAAUGGCAGCCUCCAGUUCCAACGAAUGCCAAAGACAAAAUCGAAUAGGAAGUGCGCAUCUUGGUACAAUGUUGAGGCGGGCGAUUAUUGUUACAGCCUGGUGACUACAUAUGAGAUAUGGCCUGGCCUGUCUUUGGAAGACUUCCAUUUUCCCCUGAAUCCGUUAAUCAAGACUAAUUGCACAAAUCUACUGCUGGACAUAAGCUAUUGCGUUGAACCUGUUGGUGACAGUAUAUCCAGGGCGUCCGGGGUUUCAUACGCCAGGCCCAACAGGCUUACUGUAUCGCUUCACCGAAUGCUCCUGCUCCAGCGCCUAGUCCAAUCACCAGUGUCGCGCCAUCCGCAGUACCCAGCAGCACCUCUAAGUUGGGACCGACUGCACCAACCCACACUGGACAGCCUGCUAAUUGUAUCAAGUGGCACACUGUUAGUGAAGGCGACAGCUGUUCAAAUGUCGCUGAUAAAUAUUUCAUCACCCUGGCCCAGUUCUACAGCUAGAACCCUGCUGUCUCUACCGACUGCCAGACAAAUUUUUGGAAAGACCAAGCGUACUGUGUGGGGACCAGCGACUCAAUUACUAUCAGCCGAUCCGCUCAAUCAACACCCACACCGACCAGCGGCUUCGUGGUUCCCCACUCCCAAUCAACCAAACAAUGCCCUGAGCAAUUGUAACAAGGCUGCACAGGCUUCGGAAGGGGACUACUGUUAUUUGUUUGAUGGCAAAGUCCGACAAACGUACCCGGCUGCCGGAAAGGACUUUGAACCCAAGAUGAUGCAGACGCUCGAUUCCAGCGACUCUGGAAACGAAAAUGGCAUGCUUGAACCACAGUUCUACGCUGCGAUUGGGGCAGUAGCCAAGGUUGAAGCUCAUCUGAAAGCCAUUGCUGAGUUUGGUAUCCGGUUCGACGAGCGCUGGAAAUCGCGGAUGGAUGUGUUAGGUUUGAAGUGGGGGGUUGGCAAGAGCACGGAGGCAACAUGUCCCUGGACAUAUGGUGUCACUCUCAGUGUGAAGCUGUAUGCAGAGGUCACCACGCCUUCGCAGUUCGGCUGGGGCAAGAAGACAUGGGACCUUCCGGGUUGCGGAGAGAUAGCAAUUAUACCUGGAGGCAAGUGUCCUGAUCUUCGAAGUGGUCUGCCGACUAAACGCGACUUGCUCUGGGCUGGUCGCAACGCAACAUGGCGAAUUCAGCCUACAGUAAUAGCGGCCAAGGCGCACAGAACAAGACGAAUUUCAUUUGCAAAGAUUGAUGCUUUGAGAGCAGAGUCCACGAACAAUAGUAGGGUGUUUAGGGAUAUCAGCGGCCAUGUGUGUAGUUCUAUCUACAUUUCUGUGCCAAAAGAAAAAUAA